AGCAGCUGCUACACAAGUUGAAUAUAGCCUUUGCUCCGCUGUACGUCAUCGUUGUGUCCGCUUAUUUCUUUCUUUACUCUGUUUUUUGUCCACAUUGUUUAUAACUUAUUACUGCGUUCCGCGCAUAUGUUUGUAAAAAUGUGGAAAAGACGACGCAGAAGCUGAGCUUAUGCAUGCGGCAAGUGUGCUUUUAGUGAAGAACGUUGGCACGCAAAUGUUGAACUUGUUGGUUAGCUUGCCCAUAAACAAUGUUAAAAUUGAAGGAUUUUGAGGAUAAUGCAUUUGGAUACUAAUACUCCAUGUAAAGAAAUGGUCGAAUUGAAUAUGACAGUAGCUUCUGAACAACAAAUUUCUUUUCUCGAAGAAGACCUUGCCCUCAGUUCUUCUGCCCAUGACUCUCUGGUAGAGAGAACAAUAACUGAGGCGGAGGAGAAAACUCACGAUGAGACAACAUGUCAGAGCCCAGCAGCAGUGGAUAAGCCACCGGCGCCAAUAUACGUGAGCGAAGACGCGAUGGAUUGCAAUUACGACGAAUCGUCAUCGAACUUAUCGAAACAUUUCGAGUUACCUGAAGAACAAAGUCCUGAGCUCUUUGAGAGCGACGCCGACGAUGAAGCCGAGAGUACAACUUCGACAUUUCCGAUUGUUGCAAUCUCGCAAGAACCAUCUCAACCUACACAACCGAGUCCAAAAAAACUUACUCCUGCCGAGCUUAUACUCAAAGCUGAUAGGUACAUAAGACGGAGAGUUCAUAAGUUUCUUAGUGGUGUACCACCGCCACCGAAUCACACUAUCUCUCAAAGGGAUUGCGAUGAUUUUCUCGCAGAAAUCAAACGUAAUAGGAGUUACUUUUGGGCCGAUCCUUUCGAAGGCGAGAUAUCUAAGGAAGCUAACGUCUCGACUUCAUCGGAGACAUCCACGUACAGUAAAGCGGAAAGCAGCACAAACAUGAGUACGGACGAAAAGAAAAUCUUUCAUCCACCGAAAGGGAGUCUGCGAAAUCUUAGCACAGCUUUCGACGCAUGCGAACAGUUGAGUAACUCCAGACACGACAACAACGAAUCCUUAAUGAAUUUUCCAGAUAACGGAAAUUCAUUUUCAUCGUUGUUGAAUAAUUCCUCGUUCUUAUCGGUGUCGACACUGGCCUUAAACGAGGAGAGCAAAUUGGGUGAUAGCGGUAUACAAGAACAACCUCCUAUGUCUUACAUGUCGAUGAACGUUAACGAAGUAACUAAAUUACCUUUCAAAGAUGCAUUUGCACACAGAUGUCACGACAUAUAUUACAACAGAAAUAGAUUCGUUGAAGAUUUUGAGAAUCUACGAGUAAAAUUAUGUGAUAGGUAUAUUGGUAACGAGACCCAAUCGACGUGCAAUGUUUGGUUCGUCAAGCAAGCACCAAACAGUGUCAGAAAGCGAGGUUUACUGCAUAAACGCAACAAUGGACAAAGUCCUAGCAAACGACUGAGUCACCUUGCUCGGCGACGUAGAACGUUUUCCAGUGCUAAUUUACAAGGUCUUGGCGUUGCUGAAAAGAAAUUGGUCACUAUUUCUGUUAGGAAAUAUACAGGAAUAAUGACGCGUAAAGGUAAGAGUCCGCGAGGUAAAAGUCCUCGAGGAAAGAGUCCACGUAGUAAGACGACUCCACGUAGCUCUACAAAGAAACGUCAAAUUCGAAAUGGAACUCCUAGGAAACGAGUAGAAUUUCCUAAGCGAGCGUUAUUUCAAAGUCCACCAACUGACAAACCAGGUCCUAGUCGAUUAUCGACUCCGACAACUGUCACCAGUAACAAUCCAUCUAAAAUCAAGAAAGCCUUGUUUCCAACGCCAAAGAAAAACGAAGCAGCCGAUAGUUCGCAGUCGCUGAGUUAUCCUGAUUCGAGAAAGCGAAAAAGCGACGAAGAGUUGGAAAACCCGCGGCUGAAGUGGCCAAAGAGUUUAUCAUUUGAUUGCACGCAAAAUCUUGAGAGUAGUUCAAACAAAUGGAAUUCAACGAGGCUUCCAAUGGGAACCGUUUUAUCGAAAGACGGAACCCCAAACUAUGGAAAAUCUGAGCUCAGUGAAACACAUAGAAAAAAACUAUUGUGGGCCGUAUCCCAGGCGUUACGUAGUAAAGGCAUCGGUAUGAGCCAUCCGCAGUUUAAACAAUAUGCAACUGCUUUAGGUCGUACAGUACGGAAAUACAUGCCCGAUCUGGAGAACAAGAACGCUCCUAAAAAACCUGGCAGCACGACCGAUCGAAUGCUGAAGCUCGCGAAACGUUACGUUAUUGUUAUAGUUGAGUCUAAGACUGCGCAUUAGCAACUUUAAAU